CUAAUUAAUCGAUCGAUCGAUCAAUAAAUAGAAGUUCUUUCUUCCGUUGGCAGUUGAAGAUCUAAAUGGUACGCAAUAGCCGCCGUUGUCCUGACGAUCUCCGCACUCUCCGGGGGGACAGAAUACUAGGCAGGAAGACGGCCGACGGGCGGUGGGUGACGUGGUUGGUGGAGGAGGAUUUGAUCCUGAAGAAGGCAGUCAAGAAGUACGGCAGCAGGACCGAUGAGUGGGACCGGAUCGCUUCGCUGCUGGACGGCAGGUCCGGCGAGGAGUGCAAGGCCCGCGUCUGUGGCUGGUUUCCCGCGAUGGAUAGGUUGCUCAAGGCGGCGGUAGAAUUUUAUGGCAAGGAUCAGUGGCGUUACGUUUCCAGGCAAUUCAUUCAUAAAACGCCCAAGCAGUGCAAGGCUCGCUGGAUCUUCCUAAUGAAACAACAACAACAACAACAAGACGACGCUGCUGCUGCUGCUGCUGAUGAUCAGAAACUAGUAAAUGCCAAUCCUGCAGCUGUGGAUGAUCAGUCGGUUGCUGCUGCUGAUCACGAGGAGGAGAAACUAAUUGCUGAUCCUGCUGUGGAGGAGGAGUCUUCAGUCAAACAGGACGUUGCUGCUGAUGGUCACAAGGUUGUUGAUAAUCCUCCUCCUGCUGCUGCUGCUGCUGCAAGUGAUGAGUGGAAUAUUGCUGGAUGCAACCUACGCUCCAGGAUGUGAUGUGAUUGAUUAAUUGUCGACUCUGCCUCUCUACGCUCCAGGGUACUUUAAACAGCUAUACUCUGUUUUUCAAAAAUUGUGUUCGACACCUAAAAUCACUUUGGCCUGAAUUAAAUGCCGCAUUAAUUAGUCUCAGCAUUUAAUUCGAUACCGUAUGACAAAAAAGGGUGGUGUUUGGAGUCGAGCGGCAUCGCGGUACUUAAAACGACAUUGUUUAGGGGGGAAACAAUGUCGGAUUCACUCGGCCUGCUAGUGUUGUUAUUGGAAAAUGAAUGCUUUUUGUUUAU